UCUUAUCACUUCUCCUGUAGCAGUGACUAUGAAAGCAUUUUUCUGGUAGUUAUUAACCUGCUCUGUCUGUUACAAAUAGCUAUGGCUGAUGACGAGAUUGCUGCUCUAGUUGUGGACAAUGGCUCUGGUAUGUGCAAAGCUGGGUUUGCUGGGGAUGAUGCCCCCCGUGCUGUGUUCCCCUCCAUUGUGGGGCGCCCUAGGCACCAGGGGGUGAUGAUAGGGAUGGGCCAGAAGGACAGCUAUGUUGGGGAUGAAGCCCAAAGUAAGCGGGGCAUCCUGACACUGAAAUACCCUAUUGAACAUGGCAUUGUUACUAACUGGGAUGACAUGGAGAAGAUUUGGCACCACACCUUCUACAAUGAACUGCGGGUGGCCCCUGAGGAACACCCAGUAUUGCUUAGUGAGGCUCCCCUCAAUCCUAAGGCUAACAGGGAGAAGAUGACUCAGAUCAUGUUUGAGACCUUCAACACACCAGCUAUGUAUGUGGCUAUCCAGGCUGUGCUCUCCCUCUAUGCCUCUGGCCGCACCACAGGCAUUGUGAUGGACUCUGGUGAUGGGGUUACCCACACAGUCCCUAUCUAUGAGGGCUAUGCCCUGCCUCAUGCUAUUCUCCGGCUGGACCUGGCCGGCCGGGAUCUAACAGACUAUCUCAUGAAAAUCCUGACAGAGAGAGGCUACAGCUUCACCACCACGGCUGAGAGAGAGAUUGUGCGUGACGUCAAGGAGAAGCUGUGCUAUGUUACCUUGGAUUUUGAGCAGGAAAUGGCCAUAUCAGCCGCCUCCUCACUAGAGAAGAACUACGAACUACCUGAUGGGCAGGUAAUCACCCUGGGCAAUGAGAGGUUCCGCUGCCCUGAGGCCCUUUUCCAGCCAGCCUUCCUGGGCAUGGAAUCCUGCGGCAUCCACAAGACCAACUUCAACUCUAUCAUGAAAUGUGAUGUGGACAUCCGCAAGGACCUGUAUGCCAAUACGGUGCUGUCCGGGGGCAGCACCAUGUACCCAGGCAUUGCUGACCGGAUGCAGAAAGAGAUUGCUUCCCUGGCACCAAGUACCAUGAAAAUCAAAAUCAUUGCCCCUCCAGAGCGUAAAUACUCCGUCUGGAUUGGUGGCUCCAUCCUGGCCUCUCUCUCCACUUUCCAACAAAUGUGGAUCAGCAAACUGGAGUAUGAUGAGUCUGGGCCAUCCAUUGUUCACCGCAAAUGUUUCUAAAGGGACUUCCCAGCAGACAACUGCAUGAGAAAAAUGUAUCCACCAUAUCAAGCUAAUUAAUUCUCCUCUUUAAGGGCUCUCCUCUUAGAAGACCUAGUAUCCAGUGCUACAGACUCAUUUCCUUUACUUCUUUAUCAAAGAAAACAGUUUAAUUGUUUGCUAUUAAUUUUAGAGCAGUGACUGAUAGGAAAAUUAUAUCUGGUAGAGCUCUUUUGUGAUGCUUGAGUGAAUUAUGCUACUAUCUUCUUUGGAGAACUUUGAACUGCACUCAUGGAUCAAAGCUAACGUGUAAGGGUCAGAAUAACUGAAUUCAAUGCUAAAUACUCUCUCAGAGGCUAUCAGCCUGUAAACAAGCACUUGUUUGGGUCUAGAACAUCUGGAUUUUAUAGAUAAAUGCCUAAGUGGCAAGAUAAUGGGUUAAUGUUGCAUAUUUGGAGUUGCUAAACAUGGGUUUGCCUUUUUUAUACUUCUGAACUAUAGUUCAGAACACCGAUCUUAGGGAAUUGUUCUAGUUGUCAAAGCUAACCAAUCUACUGUAGCAAAAAUGUCUAAUUCCUAAACACCAUUAUCCAAAAAAAAUUGUAAACUGAUUCUCCAGAUGUGCAUAAUAAAAAGGCUAAUCUCUAA